AUGAUGAGUGAGCCAUCGGUUGACUAUAUAUAUCAGCCAACAGAUAUUGUCCUUGCCAAAGUCAAAGGAUUUUCAGCAUGGCCUGCAAUGAUUGUUCCAGAUGAAUUAAUACCAGAUCAUAUUCUUAAAACGAGAACACAUAGUACUACAGGUGAGGUUGAACCUGCAGAGGUUGCAAAGGAACUGGAUACUACCAAUGAAGAUGAUACGUUUGAUGAAAAUAUUGAUCCAGAGAAAUAUAUCAUUUAUUCGAAGAUGUUGAAAUUUAAGAAGAAUGAAAAAUUAAGGCAUCAAUAUUGCGUGAAAUUUUUCUGUGACGAUUCAUAUAUUUGGGUAAAACCAACAGAUAUACAAUUGUUGAGUAAGGAAGCAUGCCAGGAAUGGCUUGAUAGCUCGAAAAGAAAAAAUAAGAAGUUGAUACCUGCUUAUGAAAUGGCAAGUCGUGGAAUUGAAGGUAUCGAUAUUUGGGAAUUUAUUGAAUAUGGGUCCUAUGGGAAAGAUGAUGAUGAAGAAGAGUACAUAGAAGAAGAUGAAAGUAUUCAACCGAGGAAAAGGACCAGAGGGGCCGUCAAGAAAGAGCCAACUAGAUCAUCAAUGAGACAACGAGGGAAAAGGAAACUUGAAGAAGAGGAAAGUGAGGGCGACGAAAAACCAACUCGUCUACGGAAUACAAGAUCGAAGGGCAAGUCCACCAUUAAAAAGGAGCCCGUUCAAAGGAGAACGAGACGAUCAGCACCAGUGAAAGAAGAGGAGGAGGAGGAGGAGGAGGAUGUUGAGGAUGAAUUCUCUGAGGAAGAGCAUCCAGUCAAACGAACGAACACCAAAUCUAAAGGACCGAAAAGAACUACUGCAAAGGGUAAGAGUAAAACUAAAACGAAAGCCAAACCAAAGCCUCAAAUCAUAAAAUAUGAGUACGAAGACGAUGAAGAUUGGUCCCUAGUUGGAUUAGGUCCACAAGAUCUUACUAUUCAUCUUGCGGUUAAUCCUCUGGUAAAUCGUUUAACUCAGAAGAAAAAUGUUGAAAGACACUUAGACCAAAAACUGAACAUAUUAGAUAAGAUUGCAGGUAUAAACAAGCUGCUUACUACCUUAAUUCUUCCAGAAAAUCCAGACUCCAAGAUUACCAUUGGUAAAGAUGAUUAUGAUCUUUUAUUGGAUGAAAUGGACCAGGCACUUUCCAUGAAGGGUGCAAAGCGUGAAUUCCUUAUAAUUUUUCAAUCAAGUACAGAACUUUUAUUGAAUAUGAGAAUUUUGUUGAAUAUAAGACGCGAUGAAUUAUUGAAAUGGAAAUUAUGGGACCAAUUUCAGGCUUUCUUUGAAUUAGUCUUCCAACAUGAACUUAUCGAAGAUGAGCAAGGAUGGACUUUUGAACAGGUUUCGGAUGAUGGAGAUAAAGAUAACAGUACUAAUAAGAUACCCACUGGAUCAAUUGACGUAGAUAAAAAAGAGCCAGAAAUUGAAAUGGCAUCCGUCGAUGAGGUUAAAUAA